GUGUUCAGUGCCUACUUGACUAACGGCGUUCGUUUCCUCCUCCCGUCCAUCAAACGAUGUUUGACAUUUGGAGGGCUACCGCUAACCGCACUGUUUAGUUAACCUAUUACUGCUCAUCCCUAACCAUGAAAUUUUAGCCUAAGUAACUAGCUGGCGCUUAUGCUGGCUUUAAUGGGUUUUCGAGAGGAAAGAUGAUCGCCUCACUUUCACGGGGAAGUUUGCUUGACGAGGUCCUGCACGGAGGCUUUAACGAGCAACAACUGACCACCUACAUCUCCUGGGUGAACGCUCAGCUCAAGAAAAAACCUGGACUGAAGCCGAUCACUGACCUCAGGAGGGAUCUGCAGGAUGGAGUGGUUCUCGUACAGCUCAUAGAGUUAGUUGCUGGGGAAGUGCUUGAGGAUGUUUCUGUGGCUCCUCAAAGCAAAGAAGACAGCAGGAAGAAUGUGGAGCAAGUCCUGCAGUUCAUCGCCUCCAGACAUAUCCGCAUGCCUCAUAUCUCAGCAAGAGACAUUGUUGAAGGUAACCUGAAAUCUGUGAUGAGGAUUAUCCUGGCUCUGGCUGCUCACUUCAAGCCCUCAGCCAAUCACAGGGUUGCUUCAGGAAAUGGGAGGGGCUCAACAGGCGCACCUUGCCACAACCCUCUGUCCACUGUGGCACUGGCGCAAGGUGCUGCUGCUACUCUAACAUCAGCCCGAUAUGACGCCUCACUGCCUGCAAGUGCGUCACGCAUGCACAGUGGCUGGAGGUCAGAUUUGGACAAGAGUGUGUGUGUUCGUGCACUGGUGAAGCAGUACGAGAGAGGAACCCCGGACGAGCAGGACGAUGCACAGACCAACAGUCUCAGCUCAGUGAGUCCUUUACCAUCUCCCAGAGCUCCACCCAGCACCCAAGCAGACCACCAGCAAGAAGAGCACACGCUAUCAGAGGACCAGGUCGAGUCUUCUCUUACCGAAGCGGAGACGACCUGGGAGUAUUCCAUCAGUGAAACUCUGAAGAGGGAGGUUGAGGAUACUCGUAAAAUGGUGUCGGCUUUGCAGGCCCUCCUGCUGCAAGGCUCUCUGCCGGAGGACGAGCAAGAUCAGUCUUUAAAUAUAAAUUUGGAUGACGGUCAUCCCGAACAACAGCUGGUAGUCAUCCGCAGCCGCUUGGAUCAGAGUAUGGAGGAGUCUCGAGAGCUGAAGAGGGAGCUGUUGUGCUGUAAGCAAGAGAUGAGACACCUCCAAGGAAUCAAGGAGGCCCAGCAGCAGCGCCUGUGCACUCAGGAGGCAGCCAUACUCCAACUGAAGCAAGAGCUGCUUCGGGCCAGCCUGGCUAAGGAUGAACUGAACAAUCACAAGACCGAGCUGCAGUGGAAGCUGGAGGAAUGUAACCGCCUGUGGAAUGACUGCAAGGUGGACAGACAGUACUGUAACUCAACACCAUAUGUUGCUUUCUUCCCAUGGCAUGAGAUAAAACCCCUUUCUUUAUUUCCAGUAGAUAUGAAGGAAGUUGGGCAGAAGGACCGACUUCUGCAACAGCUCAAACAAAAGCUUGAAGAAAGCCAAAAGGAGCAGAGUGAGUUACAAAAGGAGCUAGACCACAAAAACAGCAUUAGGCAAGAAGUAAUGAAUAGAGAUCUACAACAGAUUUCCCCAUCCACUGGAAACAAUGGCUAUUGCCACUCUGGAAAUCCUGCUUCCUCCAUAUCAAGUGCGGAGGAGGUUCAGCUACUCAGAGAUGCACUCCGAAGUUUGAGGAACGACUUCAGAGCCCACGACCCACAGCACCACACACUGGACACCCUGGAGCAAGGCAUCGUGUCACUCAUCGACAGACUGCAUGCUCUACAUACACACAGGGCUAGAGGGAAGUCUCCCCGACGCAAAGGACAGAACAGUGAUUGUGACUCUUGGCCAAAGGUUUGUCAGUCCAACAGCACUUCCAAACCCUCCACUAAGAUACUGUACUUCACCGGAAGAUCGCCAACACCUUCGAUGAUCAACAUACCCAAAAGGUUGGGUGAGGUGACUCUCAAGGAUGUGAAGGCAGCUGUGGAUCAAGAGGGGAACUACAGGUACCACUUUAAGGCUUUGGACCCGGAAUUUGGUACUGUAAAAGAGGAGGUUUUCCUAGAUGGUGCCAUCGUUCCUGGCUGGGAAGGUAAAAUUGUAGCCUGGGUGGAGGAAGACCAUGGUCAAGACAGACCUUCAUAGGUGUACAAAGCCACGAAACUGGAAGCUUGAAGAAGACAAUUUGAGAUUCGACUUUUUACACUUUGUACAAGACUUAAGCAGUCAGAAAUGUGGAUUUUUAUGCUGGACUCGCUGUAGUGUCAAUGUUUGUCAUAUCGUAGAACUCAGUGCCUUGCAACCAUGUCCUUGAUAUUGCCAGACCUUCACGACAGUGUCUCAAAAAUAGUCAGAAAUCUAACAUUUGACAAUGUCCACUUCCUGUUACAGGUAUUAGAAGUGUUUGGAAUAGCCUUUCAUUCAUUCAUUUUUCAGCACCGUAGUCUUUAAAACAACUGUAUCAGUUUGAAUGCAUUUGAUCCUUUAGCCUGCAACAGAUGUAAUUUUAAGUUGUCAGUAUUACCCACCACAGGAGUUAAUAGGACAUGAUUUGUGAAGUGGCCCGAUGUUAAUAUUGUUUUUUUUUUUGUUUUGUUUUUUAUCCCCAAAUGACUCAACUGCCUUGCAUGUUAACUUUCUGGACAUGCUUCUGUGAAUUGUUGUCAAAUUUAUUUGCCUUAGAAAUGCUGAUGAAUGGCACUGUUAAGCUACUGUUUACUGUUUAGUUGGAAAAAAAUGUCAUGUUUGUAUUUUUAAUGAUACUCUGCUAUGAGUUUGACUUCUAGGACCUAAAUAAGGAACUGUACCUUUAUUUAUUGUGUGUGAGUGUUUUUUUGUGUGUGUUCCGCUUCCAUGUUGAUGAAAUUAUGUCAGACCCUGUUCACUUGCACUCAUGCUUAAAUACUGUUUCCUUUUCUAACAAGCCAAUUAGAUUAUGCAUCAAACUAAAUGCCAUAACGGUCUGCAAAAUGUACAGUUUUAUUUUUUUUAUUUUUUAUUAUGCAUCUAAAGAUUUACAAACAAGUAACUUGUCUUUUGUUGAAGGAUGUGCAAAAUAAAACUGGCAGAUGAAAAAUA